UGAGUUGGGAUGCAGUUUGUGGUUCGUGAUGAUGUAUGUGACGUUUAUUUUGCUGUUUUCACCUCAGGCUUCUCUAUUCCCCCGUGUUUUAUAUUUGUUCAUCUUUUAUAACUCUGUUUCAUUAUGUCGUCAAAAAGUAAAUUCCGCUCUGAUUACAUUUGUCGUGUAAGAUAUCGCAAUGUUUUACCUCCAGUACCGUUUGCGCCUAAAAUGCUUACAAUUCCUUCACUCGUCGAACGUCACGUCCCAUACGAAUCAACCAGCUUAGUUGAACAAACACCUUACUCGUUGAUUAUGGAUCAAAGUGCUUCGAUCCCUUUCGAUAAAGCACUUGUUGAUUAUUUGGAUGCUAUCGAGACCAAUCCUGAAGAAGUAUCUAGACCAAUUGAAGAAGUAGCAGAAGAGGAUAAAAUAUUGCUGACAGCACCCAGAGAAGGGCCAGAUACUAGUGGAAUGUAUACACGAAAGCCAAACGUCACUUGGCUUCGUAGAUCCGAAUACAUCGCACAAGAAACUCGUGGUGUAUCCAACAGAAAAGAAGGUGUUGAAAGUAAAUUUGCAAUGUCUGCAGCUUCUGCAAAGAAGCGUAAUUAUUCUACUCUCGAGGAUCAGUUGGCGGGUGUGGAAAAUACAUUCAAGCCUUUACCUUCCAAUUUACAACAUCCUCAGACAAAAUCAAGGGCAAAAAAAAUUAUUCCAUUGUUACCAGAUAUGGAAUGUUGGGAAAAUAUAUACACUAUUGGACAGUUCAGUGCAGAGCCAGCCGACGAAAGUAGACUCGCAAAAAGAAAGGCGAUGGGAUCAAAUGCUUCGAAACGCACUCGCCUCUCCGAGUUGGAUGCUACAGAUCGUGGUAUUUUAAGACCCAUGGUGAAUCCUCAUGAUCCUGAGGACACAUACCUUGUCUGGUUCUUGCCAGAUAAUGAGAGCACAAAGAGACUGGUACGCCAGAAGGAGAACCCCAUGGAAGGAUUGUCAGAAGACCCAUUAACGUAUAAUGCUGUUCGUGAUUACGAUUAUAAAAACGAUGCUGGAUCUGGCUCCAAGCACUUACUGAUUUCCAUCCACGAUGACGACAGUGGAGAGAAGGCGGUAUACUGCCCUAUCAGAAGUAAGAUGGUUGUUCGAAAGAAGAGAGCCCAGAGUGCCAAGUUAAGAUACUUGGAUGACUAUGAAAAGCCUAAUGUUUUAACAGUAACUUACACGAAAAAUUAAAAUUAAAGUUUGUUGGGUGAAAUU